CAGAGAAGGAGCUCGCUCACCUGCGGUGAUUCUCUUUCCGCAGCCUCCCACUGUACCACAAGGUGCUGGGUUUCCACCCCAACGACCACAAGAGCUCCUGGGUCCUGGCAGAGGCAAACGGGGUUCCCAAUGUGGGCUUUGUGUACACCAUGGGGAAUACCAGCAACGUACAUUCUGGCUUCAGUUACGUGGAGAUGGAAGGCGGCCCCGACACCCCCGACGAAGGGGACUCGCAGGUUACGGCGGCCGCCAUGCACAAAGAACUGUUUGUGUUCGGAGAUUCCAAAGGCAACAUGUGGUACAACCAGCCCCCAGAAACUGGCUCCUGGAGCAGCAAGAAGCAGGUGCACAGUGACAGGAUCAGCACACUGAAGGUGACGGAGAGCAUGAUCAUUUCCGCGUCGCACGACAGGAGUCUGAAGCUGUGGGAUCGAGAAACGAAGAAACAGGUGGGUCAGUUCCUGUGCCACGCCCCCCUCUGGAGCUUGGAGGUGAACCCCCUUCGGCCCUCAGAGCUGGCAUGCGGAGACAGCCUGGGCCAGGUGUACCUCAUCAGCUGGAAGGACUGA